AUGUUGUCUACACUUCUGAUCCUCUUUGCUAUCAUCGACGAUCUUCAGGCUUUCAAGCCAGGCAAUGUACGUAUGCAUAUGUCAACUAGGACUAUCUGUAAUCCAGAUGUCAAGGACGUGCACAACAACCCCGCUCCAUGUGGUAAAUCCAUGGCAAUGGAGACUUAUGGCCUCACCCUCCCUGGUAUGGAGGAUGGUUCUGUCACUAUUAGGGAGGAUAUGAUAGUCGCCAAGGAUGGUCUCAUCAGGGUUAAGGCGAUGCCGAGUCGUCCCUAUCAGUUCCUUAUGACUGUUGAAAGCCCCGAGACCACACGUAUCGACCAGCUUUACAAGAAUCAGGCUAUCACAAUUUCUGAGACAAAACAGGAGCCGGAAUCUGUGCGCCUUCUCGGUGCGGCCAAGGCCCCUGGAAGCCUUCAGGAAGACGGAUGGACGUCCGAAGGCACCACAACCCUCGGUGGUGCUACCGUUCACAAGUACAUCAAAUGGGGUCCUCAGGGAGUCGAUGCCACCAGCAAGGCAAACUACUCAGCUCUUUAUCAGACGGGUAUGUACCCUGACCACUGGAUUUUCUAUACCGAUUCCAACGAUGAGAAACCAGUCAAACUUCUUGGUAUAAACAGCAUUAGAGGUAAAACCCUCCAGGAGACCGAUUACUCCAACCACGAGGAGCUCGAUGAUGCCAUCGAUGUCGCUGAAGCCGAGAAGGAGAUGCAUACGACCUAUCAGAUCACCAGUUCCCGCCGUUUGGGAGAGAAUGAUGUUGAUGCUCCCCCAGUCAAUCUCGAUUACGUCACCGCCACAUUCGUUGCGGAAGAUGAGCGUACCUUCUUCGAAGAUGCGGAAGAAGUGGACUGGCUGGGUCCCCAAAGACUCCGUACAGGCUUGUCAGGAGCCUUUGGUGCAAAGGCCGGUGUGAUGUACUUCGGCAUUCCCAAAGGAUCCGCCGCCGAUACCUUCUUCCACACGGAAUACAACAGGCGGAUGGUUGAACUCGUCAAGUUCGAAUUCCCCACGAGCUGCAGAAACGAGGAGGGCAAGCAAGUGCAAAGGUAUUGUAUCUUUGUCUCUGUCGAUGCCACUAUGGAGAAGUUCUCUCUUCAUGCCGGAAUGACCUUCGUAGACGUGACUGAUGACAAAAAGUCCGCUUCAUUGAAAGUGAGCAUUGAACUAGGGAAAUCCGAUGGUGCUCCCGUACUCAACAUGACCGUUCAAGCUGAGGGGUGCGCAAUUGUCUGGCAGUGGGGCGAGGGUGUCAGCCUUAAUAUCGUCGUUUGUAUCUCUGGAUCGGCCUCUGGGGAGGAUUUGCUGCAGCCCGACAAGCGCACUUUCAAAGCCGAGAUAGAGAUCAAAGUCACUUUCAACUUGAACUUACCUGUUGUUGGCUCCAUCAUUCAUUGGAGUAUAUGGGCUAAGCUUGGCUGUACUGCGAAACCAAACAAUGUAAUUACCGCCUAUGGCGAGAUUGGAACCAGCAUCUCUCUUUGGCUUGCUGGUGCUGGAGUCUCGGUCGAUAUUAAGGGCAACACUAUGGAUAACGUGCCUAACAAGUGGCAGUUCUUCUCUGGCGUGAAUCUUAACGCCUGGGUAAAUCUCUUGGUCUACAAGCACGACUGGAACUGGCGGUGGGAGAUCUGGCAUGCCAGUCCUGUGUACUUUUAAAUUGCCUGGUUCGCCGAGAUAUUAGUCAUCUAGUCUUUGGUCUAUCUUUGUGUACUGGUCAGCGUCAAGAUGUUAGACGGUGCCUGUUCCAUUCUUGAUUCUGUACAUAUGUUUCGUAAUGCUCUGAGUAGCAUCAUCCCUAUCGAGUCAUAAGAAUUUGUCCUCAAAGAUAUUUUCCAGUUUAACCUUCAAUUGUCACUCAAUUCGUGGUCAUAGUCAUCCACUUUCUUGGUAUGAACGAUGUCUUGUUCUGUUCCCUCACAGCGAGGAAUGCUGUGCUUCGAUAUCUCGCUUCGUUGUUUAAAUUAUGUAUCAGUUUGCAGCGGUCGAUCCACGAGACAAGGCCUAGUAAGCUUGUCUUGUUUUUGAUGUCAGUGCUAUACGACUGAAACAUCAGUGUUGACCGCUGUGCUAUUCCGAACGAGGUUUCAGGCAA